AUUACGCCACUUCUUCAAGCGUCAGCACGGCGAAGCAAUCACUUAGAUGAGACACCUCAGUGCUUCUUGUAAGGGAACUCUUAGUUCUUUCUCAGCUCCGUGACAUUGCCUCACUCAGUCCUCUCUUCCCGGAUUUAGUGCUUGGAUUCAGAGAGGCUCAGCCAGUGCUUAGUGACCGCCUUCUGACUGUGGACAGGAGACUAUUUUGUGCGUGAUUCGUGACAGAAGACUCAGUAUCGAUCCGAGUGUGCAGACUGCAAAAUGCCCACCCUUUCCCCAGCCAAUAUCAACACUAGCAGUGUUUAUCAGGGUCCCGUCCCUAUCAAGCAACAUCGACCGGCAGCUGGCAUGCAGUCAACCAUGUCUCUGAAUUACACCGGUGGGGAUGGUGGCCGAUUGUCCACCAGACACCGAGACAGCAUCGCGUGUAUGUCUCUACCGCAGAUUUCAGAAGACUCCUCGUCGUUCAGUUCAUCUCCUGGCUCCAUCAGCACCCUCAACAGCACAUGUAGCAGUAACUUGCUGCGCUGCGAAUCACCAGCAUCCAUCAGUUCCCUGUCUUCGCUAUCCAGUGGUGCAUACUCCAGUAGUUUGUCUAGCAUGGAUGACUUGGAUGAACCACCGGCACCAGGAGUACGGAGAGCUGGAAGAUACCAUACUGGUAGUCCCAUCCAUACGACUAGUGGUAGCAGCCAUACUGCUGGUACCAGUCGGAGAAAGCGAAGGGUGUGCUUCCAUCCCAAUGUACUACUUUGGACAUCUGUGCAGCAAGGUGACUUUGCAGAGCUCCGACAAAUCCUGUCAAAAUCGCCCACGAGCACACUGGACGGCCGUGUGCAUGACAGGCUAGCGGUUAAUGUGGCCAAUCACCAGGGCAUCACACCGCUGCAUCUGUGCUGCUUCGCUGGAGCAGAUGAGUGCGCUCGACUUCUGCUUUUACAUGGUGCUCGUGCUGAUUGCAGUGACGAUGACGGUUGGACACCGCUGCAUGCUGCAGCUGUUGGUGGACAUAAUCACAUUGUGUCCUAUGUUGUACGUGCUGGUGGAGAUAUCCACAGACCCGAUGCUUUUGGCCGCACACCAAUAGACGUGGCCACGAAUCCGACCACCAAGAGCCUUCUCCAGCGGUUGUCUGCACAGCAGGCCGCGCGACCGGUGUUCCUGCAAACAACAUCGAGUAUGAUUUGCACAGAGGUGUGACCGCGACAGCAGACAUUAUCCAGCAGACUCAAGGCCAUGCCUCUCCCGACUCCACCUCACCUGGUCAGACGGUGCGCGAAUGCUAUCGAAGACUUCUGCUAUGUAGACAUAUCUCAGAACGGAUAUAGCUACAGGUGACGCGUUCAAGCCGUAACACGAUCUACCAGCUGCAACACGAUCUACCAGCUGCAAGCCAGAAUACGCGAAGAAUCAGUUACAUCUGUGCCAGGCUUCCCAACACCAGAUGUGCUUCUCCAUGACAACACUCCUGAUCUUACUGUACAGAACUUGAAUCGUUGAAACUUUCCACCUCGCGUAUCCUGAUCAAUUCUUGAGAAAUGAACGAUAAACAAACUCUAAUCACAACAACAUCAUCCAAUCUCUGCUCUAUUUAUACCUCCACACAAUACUGCUGACUAAGGAAUACACUGAUAAUGCAUGCUCCGCAUAGCGCUACUAAUUGAUACGACUUGCACUUAGCUAAGGUUACACAUUUCUAAUGGAUCCGAUCGACAAAUUCUAAUUCUUCAAAUUUACCAGAUUUUUCUUCCUAUACCCAUGAGCUGGAUCUCAUGAUGCCUUGGAAAUUUAGGAUAUAUUUUAAAGUUGACUUUCAUCGUCAGUUGUAACUGUUGCUCUCUAUCUCUAUAGCGUGCUAUUAUCCUUCAUCUUAUUGUUCAAAAGCAAAGCAAUUCUUCUCUAUAUUCAGUUCUCAGCUUUUGAUAAAGUAUAAUUGUAGAACUUCCUCAGUGUACAAUGCUGCACGGAAGCAAAGUUUAAAGAA